AUGUCGAUGCCUGAGAGUAACUGCGCUGGCAACCUUCCUGCUCCUACUACAGUGGUAUCUCUUUGCGUCUCAACGUCUCCUCAAGCUAGGGCGAAGAGGAAAAUUGCUGCCCUCGUGGAAGAGGUCGAAAAUUUGAAGCAGGAGAAAGCGAUAAAACAAAGGAUGGUUGUUCUUUACUGCCCAUUAGAAGAUCUGGUUGCCGAGAAUGACCGGCGUUGCGAAGACUCAGACGGCGACCACACAAUCGAACAAAACCGCCUUCAGCGCGGCUACAUUGAACUCAGUAAGACAUUGCCAUGGUUCCAUGAAAAGCUUGCAAGUCUUGAUUUCGAAGAGUCGGAGGAUAUGCUCAAACAGCUCAAGCGAGGAGCUGAUUCAGCUCAUGGUGACGACACGGGAACUCUCAAAGAGCUCGUGGCCUCAUGGGUUAACAUUGAGUGUCGUCUGCCUUCGUUUCUAAGAGCAGACGAUAAGCACCAUCGAGGUUUCGUGAACGAUGUGUGUGGUAAGCUACUCUGCCCAGCGGAAUGGUGCUGGGAGGAUCCAGUCGUCAGGGCCGGAAUUCGUGACCGUACCACCGCUUUUAUUGUUUCCGAAAAUUCAUGGCCUAUGUUCAUGUAUGAAAAUUAUGAAGCCGAUGCGAAGAAUCUGGAGCGUGGUCUCUUCAAGUCCAAGCUAUUAGUCAUGGGCUUCAAAGCCAUUUUCACAUCUCCCUCCUCGGCCAAUGAAGUUGAUGGCGAUGGCGAUGGCAUUGAUAUCAUUGAGAAUCACCGACGUGCCCGGAGACGAUCAGAUCACGCUAAAGUGAAAACAUGCGUUGCCUCCAUCAUAGACUUCUUCGAGGAUCCUCCAGGUCCAGCUGCGCUAGCGAGGGUGAACAAGCUUCUCGAAUGGUGGACCAGAAAAGUGUUCGGACAAAAUCAUCGUCAGGACUUAACACCGGAUGUUAUUCUUCACAUGUCUGUCAACAGUCUCGCUUCCCAGAGACAGCAAAUGGAGGACGCCGCAUUCGACUCCAACUAG